AUAUUCCAGGAAGUUAUAAAUUUUUCAUGGACCAUUUGACCAAACUGGGUCAACAACAAACUAAGACACAAAUAAAAAAAACAAACCAGCUUUAUCUAUUGUUAGUUUUUUUUGUUUUCAAGUGUUUUCUUAAAUCACAAACUACAAACCCUAUAUUUAUCUUCUGCCACAAGUCAACAUCGAACUCUCUGAUCAUUUUUUAAUUCAUCUUCUUAUUUUACUUGAUCCUUUCUCUUUACACGAUAAUGGCGAGAGAUAAAGAAGAACAAAACAAUGAGAACCCUUCGUCAUUUAUCAAGAAUAUUUCAUUUCCAUUCAACACCAUUUUCUUGAUCUCAACCGCAAUCUUCCUCGUCACAGCCGCUUUCUGGUUCGUAACCGUCAUAACAUUACAUUACAGGACCGAUGAAUGUAACCGGUUCGUCACAACUCCCGGAAUCUUCAUAAGCUUCUCAUUGCUCGCUAUGUCCCUCACUGGAUUCUACGCAGCUUACCUCAAAUCCGAUUGUCUCUUCCGAAUCCACUUCUUUAUCUUCUUCUUGUGGAUGUUCGUUGUCGUGUCUAAAGCCAUCUUUGUCAUCUUUCUACAAAAGGAGACCAAUCCUAGGUUGUUUCCUGGGACCAAGAUUCAGGAGUUUAGGUACGAGGAUUACUCAGGAUGGGUUAGUAGAUUGGUCAUCAAAGACGAUGAAUGGUAUCGUACAAGGAGAUGUCUUUUUAAGGACAAUAUUUGUAACAGGUUAAACCAUAAGAUGCCAGCUUCUGAGUUUUAUCAGAUGAAUCUAACUCCUAUACAGUCGGGUUGCUGCAAACCACCACUUUCAUGUGGAUUGAAUUACGAGAAACCAAAUAUGUGGACAGUUUCAAGAUAUUAUAACAAUUUAGAAGUUGAUUGCAAGAGAUGGAACAAUUCUGCAGAUACAUUAUGCUUCGAUUGUGAUGCGUGUAAAGCUGUGAUUAUUGCUGAUUUACAUAAUAAUUCAUUUUCCAUAACAAUUAACAUUAUUCAUAUCAUCUUUAGUCUUUCCAUCGGCAUGACCGGUUGGUUUGCCUGGUUAAGGAUCCUUCGAGAAAGUCAGAAAUAG